CGCGUGUCAAUAAUUUUAUAGAUCUUUUUUGUUGCAUCAAUUCCUUUCAAAUUACUUUCCAUUCCACUCAUUACAAAUGAUGCAGCACACAGGAUUCCUUGCAAGGACAGUUGUAGCCUCGGCCCGUCGUCAUGUCAUACAAAAACAACAGAAACAGAUUUGGCAAUGGACCGGGAUCAACUUGACUCGCCCAGACUUGAUUUGGCCUCGUUCAUUUAGCUCCUCAACCGCUGCAGUAACACCAACACCCGUCACCAUAUCCAAGCACGAAACCUCUCCAGAAGUCGCAAUUGUUACCUUGCACCAGAGUGCUUUUAAUCAUGAUACUGCCAGACAAUUGAUCAAGGAAUGGGAAACUAUGGAGCAAGAUCCAUCAAUUCGUGCAGCGAUGCUUAAGAGCGAUCUCAAAUCAAUUUUCUGUGCUGGUAUUGACUUCAAAGAGUUCUUGAAAGGGCCUGAGAGUUUCAGUAACUACUGGCGUACAGUCCGGAAAGUGUUUGAGGUGAUCUACAGCUCCAGACUCAAUACUGCAGCCUCGAUGCAUGGUCACAGUUUAGGGCUCGGUUGUGUCUUGGCGAUGGCCUGUCAAGAUCGGUUCAUGAUGGGUUCGGUCCCUAAACCAGGCACCAUCGGUUUGAAUGAGGUCUCUGUCGGUGUUCCAGUACCCUAUUGGUUAGUCGAGCUCUUCGGUGCCAUCACAAGUCGUCGUCAUGCAGAACGAUUGUUACCAUUAGGUCGGAUCCUCUCUGUUCAAGAGGCUCAUUCCAUUGGAUUGCUAGACAAGAUUGAUUUCAAAAGUCAGGAAGAGAUGGAUGAUUUCGUAGUUCGGUAUUUGGUAGGACGAUCCAAGGCCCCUCCAAGGGCUCAGGCUGAAACCAUGAGGGUGAUUCGAUUGGAUUUCUUGAAACUCUUUAGAGCAUCGGAAGAAGAGGAUGUGAAGACAAUCACUCGGUAUGUGAUUGAAGAAGAGGCACAGGCAAUCUUGAAAGAACAACUUGCAAGGUUGGCUAACAAAAAGAAAUAAAAUAUAUAUUAUAUAUAUUUAUGGACAACAUCAAUAUGUAC